AUGCAAAUAAGACAUUUACCAAGCACCGUGUUUAACGCCCUUCUAUUGAUCCUCUUCAACCUCACCCUCAUCUCCGCCAAAGGUGGAGGUGGCGGAGGUGGCGGCGGCGGCGGUGGAGGUGGUGGCCGAGCGGCCGCGGGUGGUGGGGGCGGAAGCGGCGGGUCCUUUGCUAGAAAUACAGGGGCAAUAGUAGGAUUGGUGGUUGGGGCUGUCAUAAUCCUCAUUAUGAUAAUCAUCAUCUUAAUCUGGCACCGGAGUAUGAUGAAGGCCUACAACAAGAUGGACGCGAUGUAUGCGGGACCAGGAACUGUCAAGUCGGCCGCCGCAGCGGGCGACUUGGAGAGUCAGAAAAAUGCAUCUGUCGAGAAGGAUGCGGCCGAUGCGGGGGAGAAGAAAGGCUUUCGUUUAUGGAGGUGGUCGUAG